UUCCAGGGGACUUGGGUAAUCAGUUGGAAGCAAAGUUAGAUAAGCCAUCAGUAGUGCACUAUCUCUGCUCUAAGAAGACGGACAGUUACUUUACACUCUGGUUGAAUUUAGAAUUGCUUCUGCCUGUCAUCAUUGACUGCUGGAUUGAUAAUAUCAGGCUGGUAUAUAAUCGAACAAGUAAAAUUACAGAACCACCAGAUGGAGUGGAUAUCAGGGUUCCAGGUUUUGGGCAGACAUUUUCCUUGGAAUUCCUUGACCCAAGUAAAAGGAGCGUUGGUAGUUACUUCUAUAUGCUGGUGCAGAGUUUAGUAGACUGGGGCUACAACCGUGAUGAAGAUGUAAGAGGAGCACCUUAUGACUGGCGAAAGGCACCAAAUGAGAAUGGAGACUAUUUUGUGGCCCUUCGCAAGAUGAUCGAGUUAAUGUAUGAGCAGUAUGGAAGUCCUGUUGUCUUAAUUGCCCACAGUAUGGGUAACAUGUACACCCUCUACUUCCUCAACCAUCAGACUCAAGAUUGGAAAGACAAGUACAUAAAGGAUUAUGUGUCAUUAGGCGCUCCGUGGGGAGGAGUGGCUAAAACUCUUCGUGUGCUGGCUUCAGGUGACAACAAUAGAAUACCUGUUAUCAGUUCACUCAAGAUUAGAGACCAGCAGAGAUCAGCUGUUUCCACAAAUUGGAUGCUCCCCUACAACUACACGUGGCCUCCAGAUAAGGUCUUUGUAAGCACACCUACAGCUAACUACACUCUUCGGGAUUACCGGAAAUUCUACAGGGACAUUAAUUUUGAAGAUGGCUGGCUCAUGAGACAAGACACUGAACCCCUGGUCUACCACAUGACACCACCUGGUGUGCGCAUACACUGUCUUUAUGGCACUGGCGUGGAAACACCUGAUUCCUUCCAUUAUGAAAGUUUUCCUGACAGAGAACCCAAGAUUCUUUACAGCGAUGGGGACGGUACAGUAAACUUGCAGAGUGCCUUGCAGUGUCAAAAGUGGGUGAACAUGCAAAAACAGGAAGUAGUGAUACUCGAGCUUUCAGGAAAUGAGCAUAUUCAAAUGCUUUCCAAUGAUACUACUAUCUCCUAUGUGAAAAAGCUGCUUUUUGAUUUGUGAUACCUUGUGUUGACAGUUAUUUUCAUCACAUGUGAUGCCUUCCCUUAAAUAUGGGAAAAUGCCUUUUAAUCCCUUG